GUCGCGACUCAACACACGUGGUUGAUUCAUUUGUUUUCGUUAGAGGUUAGAAAUAAAAAAAAGCAAGUUCGGGUUCGCAAUCUUUGUUCAUCAAUUAAAUAAUUAAUCUUUUAUCAUUUAAUCCUCCGCUUAUUUCCGUUAUUUGCAACAUCAGUUGAACAGGCUUGAAAAUGGUCGAGCUAGAAUCGGACAUAUCUGGCGGAUCUGAUGACUAUGAAUCUGAAUCUGAUAUUGACCAGGAUUCUGAUUCAGCUCUGCAAGAAGCCUUUGCCAAAGGUAUCUUGAAACCCGGUCUGAACAUUCAGGUUCCAGCCAACGAUCUACCCCCUCCUCCAAUUAAUAAUGUGACCGCAUUGAAAUUAAAACUGGCAAAAAUUAGCAAUGAUUUUCCUUGGGAGGAACGCUUGGAUAUCACUACAAAACCUGCUGUGUUGGCACCAGAGUUGGAACUACAGAUAAGAGAAGAAGAGGAAAGAGCAGUGAAGAAGAAAGAUAAAACUGCCCUGAAUGAGUUUCGACGUGAGACAUUAUUUCAUCAACAAGCACAAGCUGCCGUUUUAGAAGGAAUACCCAAAUUAAAUGCUGCCGGAAUUCCCACUAAGAGGCCUGGUGAUAGUUUUGCAGAAAUGAUUAAAUCUGAUAGUCAAAUGGAAAGGAUUCGUAAAUCCCUUAUUAAGAAGAAACUUGGAAUGGAACGAGCAGAAUUUGUCAAAAAGAUGAGGACACAAAAGAAAAUUGCGAAGAAGGUGCAGACUGAAGCCAUACUCAAGAAGCAUCGAGAGAAACGCGAGUUCUUGAAUAAGGUCAAACAGUUCAAAAAGGGUAAACUCAAAGAUUUAGAUUUUUUGACGGAAGGCUCAGGUCAGAAGAAGGGCCGGAAAGGAGGAAAAGGUAGAUUCAAAGGUCCAAAGCUCAAUAAAGGAAAAAAAGGGGACAAAGGUAGCAGUAAAAGCGGCAAUAAAAAGCAGGGUAAAAAGAAGAAAAACUAGCAUAAUAAACUCAAAACAUCUGUGAUAAAUUAGGCGUUCUCAAAUUUUUAUUAUGAAUCACUGUUUUUCUAAUGUGUUACCGUUUUUCGUAAAAAUAUCCCCAAAACACCUCUAAGUUCUAAAAAAUUCUACCCGGAAAGUUAAUUUGUAGUUCCAAACUUAAAUUGGGAAAGGGCUUGAGUUAGCUGAAAUAUGUUGUUUCUUUUAAGAAAAAUGAAGAAAACACAAUUGCUAUAUGUAACUAUAUAAUCACUUUUCUUCAGCAGAAUAUAUACCUAAGUAUGUAGUCCAUCCACUGAACUUACAAAAUAUUUCUUAAUUGCAAGUCACCGUGAAAUUUGAAACAUAUUAAUUUCAUCUACGUACAUGAUUAAGUUCCAAGUGAAACCUAAUGUGAAUUUUAAUUUUGUUGUGCUAAUUUUGCACAGUAAAGAUCUUUUUGUAUUUUAAUUUUAAGUAUGGUAAAAUAAUAAAGUGAAGAAAGAAUAUUA